CGACAAAGGUCUUACCAACUCCUUGCGACGACAACAAUCCACAACACGACUCAAAAUUCGCGAUAAUUCAACUGAGGGUUGGGAGCAGGUAUGGCUCCUCGGGAAAAUUCUCACGAGCCCUCUGGAACGCCUGUUCCGGUAGAAACGGGAUUUGCCACUCUGGCGCAGUUGAGGGUUGGAGUAAAGGCUUUCGUUGAGAAGGAUGGCGAGAAACGCAAGGCCGAGAUCUUAAUGACCCAGAUCCGUGGCGGAAAGCCCAAGUUCUACGUCCACUAUGAAGACUUCAACAAACGCCUGGAUGAAUGGAUCGGCGCUGAGCGCAUCGACCUCUCCAAGGAGGUCGAGUGGCCCGCGCCCGAGAAGCCCGAAAAGAAGAAGGCCGGAUCGUCCUCCAAGACUGACAAGGCGUCCCAGUCAAAGCAGUCAAAAUCCGAUCAGAAGAACCCCAAGCGGUCGCGCAGCAAGCUAGAUCGCGAGAUCUCAGCGACCCCUGAAGCCACGAGUGUCAAUCUUCCUGGCAAAGCUCCCCGACCGUCAAAAGCUAGCGGCAAGGAAAACAACGAGCUGUUAGUGACGAGCGAGGUCACCGACGGCACGACGCCCAAGCCCGAAGAUGAAGACAUGGACGUAGUAGACAUCCAGGAUGCCGCAGCGGCAGCCAAAGCCAUCCCCGCCCACGAGUACUCGCGCGAAGACGAAAUCGAGAAACUGCGCACCUCCGGCUCCAUGACGCAGAACCAGACCGAAAUCUCGCGCGUCCGCAACCUCGAGAAAGUCCAAAUGGGCAAAUACGAAAUCGAGCCAUGGUACUUCUCACCUUAUCCCAUCGACUUCGUCGAUAGCGAAAUGGUCUACAUCUGCGAAUUCUGCCUCUCCUACUAUCCCGAAGUCACGCAGUUCGAGCGCCACCGCUCAAAGUGCACACUCCUCCACCCGCCAGGCAACGAGAUCUACCGCGACGACUACGUUUCCUUCUUCGAGAUCGACGGGCGCCGGCAGCGCACGUGGUGCAGGAAUCUCUGCCUGCUGUCAAAACUCUUCCUAGACCACAAGACGCUGUACUACGACGUCGACCCCUUCCUCUUCUACUGCAUGUGCACGCGCGACGAACACGGCUGCCACCUCGUCGGCUACUUCUCCAAGGAAAAAGAAUCCGCCGAAGGCUACAACGUCGCCUGCAUCCUCACGCUUCCGCAAUAUCAACGCAAAGGCUUCGGAAAGCUGCUCAUCGACUUCUCCUACCUGCUCUCCAAGCGCGAAGGCAAGCUCGGGUCCCCCGAGAAGCCGCUCUCCGAUCUCGGCCUCCUGGGCUACCGCGCCUACUGGCAGGAAAUCAUCGUGGACUUGCUUAUCGACGGCCGUGUUGAAGCGAACAUCGAGGACCUGGGCGCUGCUACCGCGAUGACAACGAACGAUGUGUUGCAUACACUGCAGAAUCUAAAUAUGCUGCGGUACAGCAAGAACCAGCAUGUUAUUGUGCUGACGGAUGCGGUGAUCGAGCAGAGGGAACGGCAGAAAGCGAAGGAGAAGAUCAAGGGGAAGAGGAGCAUCGAUCCGGAUAGGUUGAUAUGGAAGCCGCCGGUGUUUUCGGCUGCUAGCCGCACCUGGAAUUGGUAAUUGGCUUUGUACUAUGAGUUCUUUGCCCGGCAAGAAUCGUAUCGCACCUUUUGGUAUGGUCUUACGUAUUUGAUUGCGCCCUGGGUGGGGAGCAGACUGAGGACUUGGAGUUAAAGGCUGGGAUAGAUACCCUUGGGUAGGCGUCCUUUGCAUUUGUAAAUCGAUGGUAUCACACGCUGUCUUUGUUCCUGUUUCAGUUGCGUUGGACUUUGCUUGUCCGUACGCCAAAUAUCAUACGUGGUGGAUGAAACUUUUACCGCGUCGCGUCUCACAUCAGAGGGAGCUCAAUGCU